UUGUCACAUGUCCAUAAGGUUUUGAUUUGUUCAGGCGCUGUAUUUGUUGUUGUUUGAAAAUUUUAUCAGUUAGUUGUGUUUUGUAUUAAUUUGGCGUUGCACUUGUUUAAAGAACCACAGUAUGCGCUAGAGUCAGAUAAGAUAUAAUCUUUUUUCGGGGAAAAGGCCGAAACAUGUUUAAUCCGGGGUCUAUACGGAAAAUCCAAGUGAAAAACUUUGUAACCUAUAGUUAUAUGGAAAUGUUUCCAGGGCCUAAUUUGAACAUGAUUAUAGGCCCCAAUGGAACAGGAAAAUCUACGAUCGUUGCUGCUAUUAUUCUAGGCCUAGGGGGCCAGCCCAAAACAGUGGGUAGAGGUACUAAGAUAUCAGAAUAUGUAAAACACAAUUGUAACACGGCAGAGAUUAACAUCCAACUACAAGGAUCGACAGAAAAUUCCUUUAUUAAAGUUACCAGACAAUUCGACAUUCAUGAUAAAUCUCAAUGGAAAUUAGAUGGAAACGUUUGCUCAUUUGGCAAUAUUCAAGAUUGUAUUAAAUAUUUUAAUAUACAGGUUGAUAAUUUAUGCCAAUUUUUGCCUCAAGACCGCGUCGCGGAUUUUGCCAAACUAAACAAGAAGGAGUUAUUAAGAGAAACCCAGAUUGCUUUAUGUAGAGAUGAUUUGUUGGAAAAGCAACAAUCUUUAAUUGAAGCCAGAGCAAAGCACAGAUCUUUGUUAGAACAACUUAAUAAACACACGCAAAAUUUGCAAGAAUCGCACGAUGCCAAUUGCAGAUUAGAAGGAAAAGUUAAAAAUUUCAAUGAAAUGAAAAAGUACAAAGAAAUGAUUGCUGAUAUUGAUCGACAAAUCGCCUGGAUUGAAUAUGAGGACAAACGUGAUAAACUUACUGAAAUUAAGAAAGAUAAACAAUCGGCACAAGCAAUAUAUGACAAAUACAGACAAGAAAUGAAACCUUUGGAAAAAGAGAUUCAUGCCCAUAGAGCAUCUUUGAACGACUUCCAACAAAAAAACUCAAAAAUAACACAAAAUAUUCGAAAUAAAGAAGGCCUUAUCAAUACCACUAUUGAGAAAAUGGAAGCUCUUAUGUCGAAAGUAAGGCAUUUUGAGGAUGAAAUGAAUACGAAAUUAGCAGAGUGCGAACAAUGGGACAAACAAAUUCAGGAAGCAACCGUCAAAUUAGAAGACAGCAAAAAAGUGUAUAGAACCCUUUUAAAGAAAGUGAACCAAGACGAACAUGAGUCGCAAGAGAUUUUCAAACAUAUUACAAGAUGCACUGAUCGGAAAAGGCAGUUGCAAGACCAAAGAGAUUUGAUUGAACAAGACCGCCUAGCAAAGAAAGCAAGCAUUAAAGCAUUGCAAUACGAGCAAAGCAAAAUUGAAAACGUUAAACAAAUUAGAUUUGAGCAAUUAAGGAAAUUAAACAAAGAUGCCUACUCGGCAGUUUUAUGGCUACGAGAAAAUAAAGAUAAGUUUAAAGGUGAAAUUUUUGAGCCAAUAAUGCUUGAACUAAACGUGCUGGAUAAGUCCAAGUCAAAAUAUGUAGAAUCCUUGGUGCCUUUCAGAGAUCGAUUAGCGUUUACGUGCACGGAUAAAUAUGACAUGAACUUGUUCAUUGGUUACAUCAGGAAACAGCAAGGUUUGUCAGUAAACGUUCUACAUUCAGGACCUGCCUCUACAGACUACAAGAAACCAAAGAUUCCAAUUGAGCAUCUCAGAAAAUUCGGAUUUGGUGCUUAUGUUAAUUUCUUGUUUACUGCUCCUGAACCGAUUAUGAGAUAUUUGUGCCAAACAUAUAAGUUGCAUAACAUUCCUAUCGGAGAUAGCAGCACAAAUGACUGUUAUGGAAGCGUGCCAGAUCAAUUGCCGGUAUUUUUUAGUGACCGUUCCAGAUUUUCCAUAAACUAUUCCAAGUAUUCCCGCGAAAAAAGCACUAGGCAAGAUCUUAUUAGAGGUGACGGAGGGUUAUCUUUAUCCCUAGAUAGCAUUGCUUUAGAAAAUAUAAAAGGUCUUUAUGAGAAAACUAAAAGAGAACUGGAGUACUUGGAAAGUCAGUUAAGCAAUUACGACAUUCAAAUUGAAAAAAAUGACGACGAAUUAAAAUUGCACAAGGAUGCAAUAAAGGAGAUUCGAACCCAAACUCAACAGGCUGAUACUUUAAAAAAUAAAAUCGCUGCUGGGGAAGAGCGUUUAAAGCAAAUGAGCGAAAGCAAAAAGGAACCAGAAGCAAUAAGAAAUGAGGCGAGACAUAAAAUGAAAAAAUUAAUUCAGACCAUGGGAGUUUUACAAGAUAGUAUUAAUAGCUGCUUUAAAGAAUUGGCACUCUCAAUGACCCAAAAUGCCAUCAACUCUGUAAAUGUUGAAGUGUCCAGGCAAAAGGUUGAAUAUUUCGACAAUCAAAUCGUUGAUUUAAGAAGGCUGAUGGAAGAAGCAGGAGAAACUCUUAAUUUAGUAGUAGAUAGGUAUAAUGCUGCUAUGCAAGCAGCCAAAGCUCAACUGCAAAAAGCCAAAAGCUUGUCUAAUGGAUUUACUCCUGCUGAUGACGGAUUUGACAAAUUCCGCCAAAGGGCUAAAUCACUAGGAGAUAAUAUUGAACAACUAAGCGCCGAGAAGGAAAAUAUCAAUUCUAGAAUCGCUUGUCUCAAUACAGCAGACGAUACCGAAAUUAAAGAAUAUGAAGAUCGGAAAAACCGGAUAGAGAAACUUGGACAGAAUAUCGAUACUAUAAAUUCAGAUAUCAACAAAGUUAGCUCAAAAAUGGAACGACUGCAUGAGGCAUGGUUAACUCCAUUGAAUGAUUUAAUAGCUGAAAUCAAUCUGAAGUUCGGUAGUGCAUUCGAAAGGAUGGGUUGUGCAGGCGAAGUGGGAAUAUGUCAAGGUGAUGAUGAAAAAAACUAUGAGGAUUAUGGAAUUUCCAUUAAGGUAACUUAUAGAAAUGGGGAACUACUUCAAGAAUUAAAUGCUGUAGUUCAAAGUGGGGGAGAACGAGCGGUUGCAACGGCUGCAUUUAUGUUAGCGUUGCAGGAACUAACACCGGUGCCCUUUCGAUGUGUGGAUGAAAUCAAUCAAGGUAUGGAUGCAAACAAUGAAAGGCGCAUUUUCGAACUAAUAGUGGAGACUACUGGCCAGCAAAAUUCAGCACAGUAUUUCCUUAUCACCCCAAAAUUAGUCCCUAAUCUAACAUAUUCACGUCAAUUAGUAGUCCAAAUCGUGCACAAUGGUUUGUUUAUUGAACCCGACAGGAAAUGGUCUUACUCAAAAUUAUGCAAUUCCCAAGGUGUUCAUAUUUAGCAGGUAAGUAGAUUUUUUAUGGUUUAGAAGUGACGGACAAUAGUCAAGAAAAUAUGCAUAUAUUGGCUUCAUCCGAAGUACGUAAAGGGUAUUUUGAAACGUUAUUACCGUCAAAUCCUGAUAUGUGGUUCAAAAGCCCAUACACACAGCACAGUAUGGGACAUUUACUUUCCAUAAUAAUAUACUUUAAAAUGAUAAGGUAUUUGUGUGCUUUAUUAGUAGUAAAGAUACUUGGUUUAUUGAAAAUAUCUUUAUAUUUUCGAAGGUGGUGAACCAGUUGUUAUGAUUAACAUAACUUUCUAUACUUUUCCAGCUACUCUAUUGAAGUACAAACUCAGUGAAAAUUAAUUUCUAUUCUGUUGUCUACCACUGUUUGCAAAUUAGUUACUGUUUUUCUGUAUCGAAUGUGGUUUGCUGCUGAUUGAGCUACCUUUAUAGUGACUUUUCUAACGCGUUUGUCCGUAAUAAACUAGUGUACGAGUUUUAAUUUGUUUAAUGAGAUUUUCUAUUUUUGAAAUCAGUUAAGUGUUCGAUCAUGUAACAUACAAUAUGUAGGUCACAAUUGUUGAUGUACUUUUUAAUUAAAUAUUAUAUAUUAAAUUUUA